AUGACGGUGGAGCAGUAUCAAGUGGCCCAGCUGUGGACUGUGGUCGAGAGCUCCAAAAAUGAGACCGGCGGUGGUGAGGGAGUGGAAAUUCUCGUAAAUGAACCCUUCGACAGCAAGACGCACCCACCUGAGGCGCCCCUGGUCGCGAACGGGGAAAAAUUCACCGACGGUCAAUUCACGCACAAGAUCUACCAUCUGGCCAACAAGGUACCCGCCUUCAUUCGCGCCAUCUCACCCAGCGGCGCAAUGGAGAUCGAAGAAGUCGCCUGGAAUGCCUAUCCUUGCUGCCGGACUGUUUUAAAAGUAUGGUUACCCCUUGGCCUGAAAACUGUAAAUGCCUGCGGAAUAACCGUCUAG